CAGAAGAACUUUAAUCACGUUGUUUAGAGCAAAUCUUCUCACCAGCCACAAUGUAGAGCUCCCUGGAUCAUGGUAAACACUAAAUUAUGCAUGAGCAGGACGAGUGUUGAACUUUCACUGACGGCCGACAGAUCAUCUUUCAAUAACAUGACGCGAAAGCCUCAUGUGACAGAUAAGAUCAUGGUGGGUCCAUCGCUAGCUGCUGGGAAGGCUCCUUACGAUCUACAUCUACAGCGCUCGUCCUCGAAUGCUGGCUUCCUAGCAACGUGUUCCGGUAGAAUGUGUUCUCUGUCCUCAGCCUCGCAUUCUGGGGAAUAAUUUCUACAGUUCAUGCACAUUUGGCACUCGAAGUUGUUCACUCCUCUGCACCCAACGUGGAACUGGGAUUUCCUGAGCUGGAAGUGGAACUAGGACUAUAAAGACUCGGAUCUACUCCAUUCCUAUCAUCAUUCACUUGACUAAUUCAAAGCAUACUAGAAGCUAAAUUGUUUCAUUCCGUUUCUAUCAGUCUACAUAAGACUUUUGAGAUUACAUCGUGACGCUACUGCAAUCUUUAAGCUAUCCGUUUCAUUCAGAUUCUUCGGAUUUCGCAGCUGCAAACUGACGCUCCUCCAACUUCCAUAAACCGUCUCAUACCAUGGGUUCAUUGAUGGCUGGAUGGCAAACAAACCAAUCGGACUCUCGGCAAAUUGUGAAGCGUUCCACUUCUUCGAUGACAAACAGUGAAGUUCAGCGCUUCUGGAGAUCGAAAGAGAGUUCCGUUAGGCGACAUAUUCGAUAUGUUGAUAGCAGACAGGAAACUGCAGAUUUGGAGGCGACUGACAACAACAGGAGCGACUCCGAAAGCUCAAGUCCACCAACAACACCUUUAUCAAGCAGUCUACCAGCUUCAUACAAUGGUGAAAAGACAGGCUGGUGGACAAGGAGCACCUCAGCCUUCUUAAACGAACCACCUCAAGUUGAAAAUAAACACAGCAGAUACAAACCCCAGUUUGAUAUUUUCGAAAUUUGCGGCAGCGCGAGUCUGGUGAAGAGGAGGAACAGCUUGAGUGCUCUAGUGCUCCAUUAGCUUCAGCCAGACAGGCACUUUUCAAGAACAAAUGAGAGCACUUACGAGGAUUCACUCUCAAUUCGAUGUCAAAGCUUUCUUCGGAUCCACAGAGACAAGUGAGAAGGCAAAUCUAUCUCCGAUCUACUAUCUAUAUACGAUCAGCAUGUACAGACGUGACAAUGUACAUGACCUUCAACUUCAAAAAUUUGGCGAACAAACGACAAGCAUAGUUCCAAAAGCUAAAUGAAAAGCGACGUGAUCAUGAUGAUGCGAUUGGGUACAUGAUCACAUCACAGACUUCUUAUUGAACUACUCUAGCGCUUAGACAGAUUGAAGUUUUGGUCUAGUGGUAGAGUUACUUUGUUUCUUCACGCGUAGAAUUGGUGUCUUAGUUUGGGUUGUUAAACAGCCAGUCAGCCUCCUUCUGUCUGACAUGUAUCAUACACUAUCUAGUACUCAUAUAUAAAGAUUUUUGUGUC